CAUCGAAGCGAAUCUCAAAUAUCCAAGAUUCCUAGGUAACCACAUGAUCACUGUCUAAGAACACUACUACUCCGAAGUCUGAUCCUUUUGCUCAUAUCAUAUGGACAAACCAAUCUUCUCUCUGUUCUUCCUCCUCAUCUUCCUACUUCUUGCCUCUCCAUCCCAUCAACAACAUCCAAAGUUAAGCGCCCAAGAUCUCAAUGCGCUCAAAACCAUCAAAGCCUCCCUCACUGACAUCUCUGCAGCCUCCGCAUUCUUCUCCACCUGGGACUUCGCCUCACCCGAUCCCUGCUCUUCCUUUUCCGGCCUCACCUGCUCUCUUAUUUCUUCCUCUCUCCGAGUCACCGCUCUCUCUCUCGGCACCGGCCUCUCCGGCUCCCUCGGACUCGCCGGCUCCCUCUCCCCCUCCCUUUCCCAACUCACCCAGUUGACCCAACUCUUCCUCUUCCCCGGCCUCGUCACCGGUCCCAUCCCCUCCCAACUCGCCCGGCUCACCACCCUCCGAGUCAUCUCCUUAACCAACAACCGCCUCACCGGUCCCGUACCCACUUCUCUCGCUGCUCUAACAAACCUGCACACCCUCGACCUGAGCUACAACCAACUCACCGGGUCAAUCCCGCCGCGUCUCACCCAGUUGCCCGGUCUCAAGGUCCUCAUUUUGGCGUCCAAUUCCCUAUCCGGCGAGUUACCGCCCGUCUCGAGUCAGCUGUUACACUUGGACCUGAGGAGGAACAGAUUCAACGGGCUGCUGCCGUUACUGCCGUUAUCCCUCCGUUACCUGUCCGUUUCGCAGAACGAGAUGCGGGGCCCACUCAACGGCUUGGCAUCGCUCUCCGAGUUAGUGUACCUGGAUCUGAGCAUGAACCAGUUCAGUGGGCCCAUCCCGGCCCCACUCUUCACGCCGACCCUCUCCCCUCUACUACUGCAACGGAACAAUUUGUCCGGUGGGGUCCUCCCCGUGGGCCCGACCAGACCGUCGUACGGCGAGGGUUCGCUCGUGGACUUGAGUCAUAACAAGUUAAGCGGAGAGUUAUCGACGGUUCUGGUCGGGGUGGAGAAUUUGUUCUUGAAUAACAACCGUCUCACCGGCAGUGUGCCGGUGGAGUAUUUGGAGAGCGUGUCUCGUGGCAGCACCAAGACGUUGUAUUUGCAGCACAAUUAUAUAAGCGGGGUCAGUUUGGAACCCGGGGCGGCAUUGCCCGACACGGCGUCGCUGUGCCUGUCGUAUAACUGCAUGGUCCCGCCGUCGGUGGGUCUGACGGCGUGCCCCGCCAGUGCCGGUUCAAGGAUCUCGAGGCCGGCGUGGCAGUGCUCGGUGUUCAACAAUGGCAGCUCCAAAGGGUGAUUAUCAAUAUUUAUGAAAAAAAGAAAAAGAAAAAAAAGAUUGGAUUUUGUUAUGGUAAGUGAGUGUUAUGUAAUAUCUUAAUAUUUUUAACAUGAAGAAGAAGAGGGGUGAUACAUAUUUCAUAUA